GACCCAGGGGUUAGGCCCAAACUUGGUCGGAACAUGGUCAACAUACCCCUAUUAAACACGAGUAAUAUCAAAAACAUCCGCUGCGUACCCCAAGAACUUCUCAUAUAUCGUGACAUGUGGCAAGUAGUUGUCGUCCAAACUGAACAAACAGUCAAACCUCAAAUCGAAUGA